UGCUAGACAACCACAUUCCAGUCGUCAAACAAGCUCGAUUCUUUCGAUUUCUUCGUGUCCCUUUCCAUCGCUUUGUCGAGUGCUGAACGCCGUCUUGUUCACUCAACACAACACCCCAACAAGACGACGAAUUCAUCCAGAGGUCGCUCUCUGGUAGCCCAGGAUGAGCCCUUUCAACAUUUGGAGCGCUCUACUGCUGCUCCUCUACAGCACCAGUACGACUGCUUCUGCCAUGAACCAGCAAAGUAGGAUCUUUGAGCAUCAACAGCAACAGCAAGCAAAACAACAAGGAUACUCUGGCAAUCCGAUCUUCCCUGGCUGGUACGCAGAUCCGGAAGCGCGCAUCUUCGAGCAACAAUACUGGAUCUACCCAACCUACUCGGCUGCCUACGAGGAACAGACCUUCUUCGACGCAUUCUCGUCGCCCGACCUGAUCACCUGGACGAAACACCCCCGAAUUUUGAAUUUCAGCGACGUGCCCUGGUCGACCAACCGCGCGGCCUGGGCGCCUUCUGUGGCCGAGAAGCACGGCCAGUACUACAUGUAUUUUUCGGCGGGCGAUGGCGCAGGCAUCGGGGUCGCGACCUCCACCACUGGACCCGGUGGCCCCUUCUACGACGCCAUCGGGAAGCCGCUGGUCGCCAACACGACGUACGGGGCGGAGCCGAUCGACGCCCAGAUCUUCCUCGACGAUGACGGGCGCAACUGGCUGUAUUUCGGCGGAUGGGGCCAUGGGGUGGUCGUGGAGCUAGAGGACGACAUGGUAACGCUGAAAGGCGACUACCUCGAGAUCACACCCCCAGACUACGUCGAAGGUCCGUGGAUGUUGAAAAGGGACGGCGUGUAUUACUACAUGUACAGCGUGGGGGGAUGGGGAGACAAUUCCUACGGCGUGCAGUACGUCACCGGGUCCUCUCCUACCGGGCCCUUUUCGAAGACAGCGACCAAGAUCCUGACUGGCGACGCCAACAUCGGCACCAGCACCGGCCACAACAGCGUCGUCAACCGUGGCGACGACUAUUAUAUUGUCUAUCACCGGCGAUACCCUAACAAUACCCAGCUGAACGACCGCAUUGUUUGCAUCGACCGCAUGUUCUUCGAUGAGAACGGGGCGAUCAAGCCUGUGCACAUCACCACCGAGGGAGUCGAAGCCAAUGCGUUGUAACUGAGACACAGGCGGAUGAUAACGAUUAGGUACAACCUGUAUAUGCGUAG